AACCAUUUCUGGAAGCAGCUGGAACACUUCCAGUGACUUCCCGAGAAACGACCGUUUUUAUCCAAAAUCCAAUAAUAUAUCAAACAGCCAGGAAUUUGUUUAUCAAAUCCAAAGGAAACCAAAUCCACGGGAAUCGUAUUUCCAUUUCCAUAUUUUUUUUCUUCCCGUCUCUCACUUUGGCUCGAUAAUGUCGUCGUACCUAUGGAAGAGCUUCGACGAGGACGAGGACCGCCCGGAGAAGCCUCGCCGCUAUGGAGUCACAGAGAUGAGAGGCCCCCAUUUCACCCUCUUAAGCCAAAACGUUCUUCAGGAUAUUUUUGAGUCCAUGGGGCAAUUUGUUGAUGGAUUAAAGUUCUCUGGAGGUUCUCAUAGCCUAAUGCCAAAGGAUUUCAUUAAAGAAGUGACUAACAUAGCUCACCAACAUGAUGUGUAUGUUAGCACGGGUGACUGGGCUGAACACUUGGUUCGCAAAGGUCCAUCAGCUUUCAAAGAGUAUGUGGAGGAGUGCAAGCAAUUGGGGUUUGAUACAAUUGAGCUGAAUGUGGGAUCACUUGAGGUUCCGGAAGAAACUCUUCUAAGAUUUGUGCGCUUGAUUAAGAGUGGUGGUCUCAAAGCCAAGCCUCAAUUUGCAGUGAAGUUUAACAAGUCUGACAUUCCUGUAGGUCGUGAUAGAGCAUUUGGAGCUUAUAUUGUCCCAAGACCUCGAUCAUCUGAAUUUGUUGAAGAUGUGGAUCUUUUGAUCAGACGGGCUGAGAGAUGCUUAGAAGCUGGAGCAGACAUUAUAAUGAUUGAUGCUGAUGAUGUCUGCACACAUGCUGAUUCUAUAAGGGCAGACAUAAUUGCUAAGGUCAUUGGGCGUCUUGGUCUUGAGAAGAUCAUGUUUGAAGCAUCAAAUCCCAGAGCCGCUGAGUGGUUUAUUAAGCAGUAUGGUGCCAGGGUGAACCUCUUUGUGGAUCACUCUCAAGUGAUGGGUCUGGAAUGUCUCCGGGGACGCAACCUGGGUAAAAAUCAUGCAUCUGUCCUUGGAUCCUCAUAUUUUCUGUUCUGAACUGGUGGUACAUUGUAGAGAUAUAUAUCUGCUUGUACGAACUGGUUACAUUGUAAUUUUGUGCUAUAUAUAUGGUCCAACAAUGACUGAUAACAUGACUACUACGAGCUGUAAUGGAUGUCUUCUAAACAGAACUUACUCAAGUUUGUAUGUGUGUUCAGUAAGAUUUGGAUGUUUGUUCAUCUAAUCUUGAAGAUGUGAAGAUGAAGAUGUUUUGUGUCA